AGAUAUAAGGAAAAUAAAUUGUCUGUUGAGUUGAAUAUCAUUUUCUGGCGAUCUUAAUUUCAAUGGGAUCAUUUGGUGAAAUGCAUGCGAAUUUAGUAACAAGAAGUGAUGAAGUGAGUAUUGAGAAAGAGUGCAAUAGAAGUGCCAUUGAGUUUGCAGUCAAAGAUCUGUUGUUGGGUUUGGGGGAAGAUAUCAAUAGGGAAGGCAUUAGAAAGACACCAUUUCGUGUUGCCAAAGCUUUUUCUGAAGGAACCAGAGGUUAUAGGCAAAAUGUGAAGGACAUUAUUGAAGGUGCAUUAUUCCCAGAAUCAGGCCUAGAUACUAACAAAAAUGGCCAUGGAGGUGGAGUAGGUGGCCUUGUGAUUGUAAGAGACAUUGACCUAUACUCCUAUUGUGAAUCUUGUUUGCUACCAUUCCAAAUCAAAUGUCAUAUAGGUUACGUUCCUUCAAGCCAAAGAGUUGUAGGGUUAAGCAAACUUCCUCGUGUGGCCGAAGCAUUCGCAAAACGUCUCCAAGAGCCUCAACGUUUAGCCGAUGAAAUUUGUUCUUCAUUGCAUCAGGAGAUACGACCAGAAGGUGUUGCUAUCAUACUUCAAUGCACACAUAUCCCUUUUCCUCGUGACUCAAACCAUAAAGGGUGGGUGAAGAUUCUUGUUUCUUCGGGAUUAGGUGUUUUCGAGAACAAAAACGAUGAGAUAUGGAGCGAUUUGUUUAGUCUUCUUAAGUUUAGAGGUAUUGAUAAGGACAAAGUUGGUGUUCUCAAAUGUUGGUGUCCUUCGUCGAAGAUUGAAGCAAGUGACUAUAGUCCUAUCAUGGUUAAUGCGGUGUCUUCGAUUAUUAAAUCUUUAGGAGAAGAUCCAAGAAGGAAAGAGCUUGUGGAAACUCCUAGUAGGUUUUUGAAAUGGUUGAUGAACUUUCAAUGUGUUAGUAACAUUGAUGUGGAGAUGAAUGGUUAUGGUGAUUCCUUUUGUAAUACUAAUGGAGAGGUGAAAAUAUACUCAGAAGUUAGCAUUCCUUUUUGGUCACAAUGUGAGCAUCAUUUGCUUCCAUUCUAUGGUGUUGUUCAUAUAGGAUACUUUCUCUUAGAAAGAUGUGAUCCAGUUGGAAAAUCACUUUUGCAAUCAAUAGUUCAUUUUUAUGGUUUCAAACUUCAAGUUCAAGAAAGGCUUACAAAGCAGAUUGCGGAAACUGUUUCACAGUUGGUUGGUGGAAAUGUGAUAGUAGUUGUUGAGGCAAGUCACACUUGCAUGAUUUCUAGGGGAAUUGAGAAGUUUGGAAGCAAUACAGCUACCAUUGCUGUUUUAGGAAGCUUUUCAACUGAUCUUGAGGCAAGGACUAAGUUCUUGGAGAGUAUUCCAAGUGCUACAUCUUUUGAAGGCAAUUGAUUAGUUUGGGCUACCUGCAAAGGAAUUUUACUGGUUUCUCAUGAAGUUGUUUUAUUUAAUUUUUAUCAUUUUAAAGUAAUAGUAGUGAUGUCUCUUAUUUGUUUGUUUUGGGUUGAAGAUUGUGAUUUUGGUGUAUUUGGUUUGCUACACUUUUCUAGCAAGUUUAUCAGUUUGCCAUGUGAUG